AUGGCCACGAAAGAAGCAGCGCAACCAGCCUCAAACUCAGCAGAUGCGAAGGAACAGAACAUUACCUCUUCCGCUUCCUCAGAUCCAUCUCCAACACAUCCCGAUUCCGAAGCGAAUCUUACAUCAACUCCGCGUCUGCAGGCGCUGGAAGCCAAAACGACAGCCCUGCGGACUACCUUGGCCUCUCUCGAAUCUCAGCGCUCCGCUCUCGUGGCUCAGGCAACAUCGCCAUCUAAUUCCGCUUCUUCGCACCACACGUCCGAAGAGGAUGAAACCCGCUCCGCCCUCGCAACUGCCAGCGCCGCCAUCAAACACCACAUCGCGUUGUUGCAGAAGUACAACGAAAUCAAGGAUAUUGGCCAGGGAUUGAUGGGUUUCAUCGCUGAUGAAAGGGGAGUCAGGAUUGCGGAUGUGAUGGAGGAAUUUGGCGUGGAUGGGAAAGAUUGA